AUGUUCCAAUCAACCCCCUCAAAGAGCAUGCUCGCCCUGGCAGCAAUGACCCUCGUCACCGGCACAAACGCCGAUAUUGGAACCUGCGACACCGACUCCGGCUUCAGCUGCGCAAGCUCCUCGACCGAAGCAACCUGCUGCUUCAACUACCCUGGCGGCGCCCUCCUGCAGACCCAAUUCUGGGAUACAGACCCUUCCACCGGUCCUUCUGACUCAUGGACUGUUCACGGACUCUGGCCCGACAACUGCGACGGCACAUACGAGCAAAACUGCGACUCGAAGCGCGAGUACAGCAACAUCACCGCCAUCCUACAGGAGCAGGGCCGAGACUCGCUCCUCGACUACAUGGACAAGUACUGGAUUGAUAUCGACGGGGAUAACGAGUCAUUCUGGUCGCACGAGUGGAACAAGCAUGGCACUUGCAUUAACACUCUCGAGCCGAGCUGCUACUCUGAUUACUCUGCGCAGGAGGAAGUUGGUGAUUACUUUGAAAAGGUCGUUGAUCUGUUCAAGGGACUGGAUACGUACAAGGCUCUCUCCGCUGCUGGUAUUACCCCGAGUACUUCCAAGACUUAUACCUCCAGCGAGAUUCAGUCUGCUCUGACUGAGAUGCAUGGCGCUGAGGUUUAUCUUGGUUGUUCUGGUGAGAAGCUGGAUCAGGUUUGGUACUUCUAUAAUGUCCAGGGUAAUGCUAUUGAGGGGAAAUACAAGGCUGUUGAAACGCUUACGGACUCUGCUUGCCCCAAAUCUGGUAUCAAGUAUGUGCCUAAGUAA